ACGAAAUCGUCAAAUCCUCUUUACAUCUUCAACCACUAUUGCUUCAAUUCUAGAACUCCCAAGAAAGAUGUCAGCCCAUUGCGAAUUCUCGCAUUCUGUAGCACCAGAAACAUUCAGCACCACACCAACUUAUUCUUCUUCUUCAUCAUCAACAGGAACAUCGAACUCCGGGAACAAGAAGAAUAGCGAUUGCAAGAGAAGGUUCAGUAAGGAUCAAAUAAAGUUACUGGAGUCCAUGUUCGAGACUGAGUCCAGGCUUGACCCCUCAAAGAAGUCGCAGCUAGCUUCAGAACUUGGCUUGCAGCCUCGCCAGGUGGCCAUUUGGUUCCAGAACAGACGAGCUCGAUCCAAGUCCAAGCACCUUCAACGUUCUUACUCUCUUCUCCGAGCCAAUUACGACGUUUUGGCUUCCAAAUUCGAGGCUCUUGAGAAUGAGAAUCAUGCAUUACAACUAGAGUUGCAGAAGCUCAAGGAUUUGGAAGACCAAACCUUUCGUCGCAAGAAAGUGAAAGAUGUGAAAAUGAUAGAUAGAGAGUGUGAUAAUGGUAAUGAAGAGGCCAUCAAGUGUGAAGCGGAGGUGAGGCCGAGUCCAUCAAUAGAAAGAUCAGGACAGACACUUGGGAUUCUUUCAGAUAAUGAUCGGAGCAUAAAGACAGGCUAUUUUGGGGUUGAAGAUAAACCUACGCUUCUGAACUUUGGUGAUAAGCGUACUGAUUGUCCCAGGACAUCACAAGAAGUUUGGAGAAAUUUUGAAUCUGCGGAUGACCUCUUGGCCCAGUCUGACACUGGUUAUCAAUGGUGGGACUUGUGGUCCUGAAUGAAACAGUGAAGGAAGUUUUGCAAAUGGUGAUAUAUAGUUCCGUAUUUCUGUUCUUAUGAAGUUACAUGGAAAAGAUCG